GAAGACGCGGAGACGCGUCGUUGCCAUGGCAGCCGGGUCCUGGCUGCUGCGGCGCAGGUGCUGGGGUCUCGCUCGCUUUGCUGUCAGAGCUUAGAAAGAGGAGGAAAGGAGAACUCCCCUGGCCGACUUUGUGACCUCAGCCGCUGCGUCUUACACAGUUUUAAAUUUGAGUUUUCACAUGGGUGAGAUACUUUGUGAAUAGAAAAGCGUAUCUACUGGAGUCUUCAGGCAACCAUUUAUUUACAGAAAAUGGAUGAAAAUCAAGAAACUGAUUCAAAAGGUAGUGAAGAAUAUGAAGAUGACUUUGAAAAGGACCUGGAAUGGUUGAUUAAUGAAAAAGAAGAAAAUGGUGCCAGCGUAAUAGAGAAGGUUUGUGGGAAUGAAGAGAAUAUUAACCAAGGCUUAAAAGAGAAUGAAACAGAAAUAGAACAUUCCAAGCAGCUUUCUGAUUCUGACAGAUCUUUCAAGGAUGAGGUUUCAUCAAUAAGAAAUGACUUCAUUUCUGUACCGAGUAUUCAACCUUUGGAUCCCAUAUCAGAUUCAGACAGUGAAAACUCUUUACAGGAAUCCAAACUAGAAAGCCAGCAAGACCUGGAGGAGGAAGAGGAUGAGGAACUAAGGAGAUAUAUUAUGGAGAAAAUUAUACAAGCCAACAAGCUUCUACAAAAUCAAGAACCUGUGAAUGAUAAAAGGGAAAGAAAACUUAAAUUCAAAGACAAAUUAGUUGAUUUGGAAGUUCCUCCUCUGGAAGACACUGAUACUUACAAAAAUUAUCUUGAAAAUGAAAGUGAUGUGUCUGGAAAACUGUCUCAGUUAUGUAUUUCCAAUGAAUUUGCACAAGAAAAUGUGCUCCUGUCGCCUACUGAUGGAAAUUCUGAAGAAAACAAGGAUAGGAAAAUACUAGUAGAGAGAGAUGGAAAGUUUGAACUUCUGAAUUUACAAGACAUUGAGAGUCAGGGGUUUUUGCCCCCCAUUAAUAAUGCUAAUUAUACAGAAAAUGAGCCUCAGCAGUUGUCACCCAGAUCUCCCAAUUUAUCUGUCAGUGGAGUCAAGAAAGAAGAGCCAAUAGCAAAAAUUCAUGCUCUGGCUCACUCAUCAACAGAAGAGCAACUGGCUUAUAUCUCUCAGCCACCACCCAACCCCAAGACUCAUCCAGGUUCUGCUGCCAACUCAGAUCGAAGUAAGGGGAAUGGAAAAUCUAGUCAUAGGACACGGUCUGCAGAUGUAUCUCCAGUGACCUCAACAUACUGUCUCUCUCCUCAACAGAAAGAACUGCAAAAACGACUAGAACAAAAGAGAGAAAAGCUAAAGAGAGAGGAGGAACAAAGGAAAAUAGAAGAAGAGAAAGAAAAGAAAAAAGAGAAUGACAUGGUGUUUAAAGCAUGGUUGCAAAAGAAGAGAGAGCAGGUCCUAGAAAUGAGGAGAAUUCAGCGAGCAAAGCAAAUUGAAGACAUGAACAGUAGACAGGAAAACAGAGAUCCACAGCAAGCUUUUCGAUUAUGGCUUAAAAAAAAGCACGAAGAACAGUUGAAAGAAAGAAAGAUAGAAGAACUGCGAAAGCAAGAGGAAUGCUUAUUCUUCUUUAAAGGAACAGAAGGCCGUGAAAGGGCCUUUAAACAAUGGCUAAGAAGGAAACGGAUAGAAAAACUAGCAGAGCAGCAAGCUGUCAAAGAAAGAACUAGACAGCUCCGACUGGAAGCAAAGCAUUCUAAACAGUUACAGUACCACCUAUAUAAUAUGUCAGAAGCCAAAUCUUUUCGUUUUACUGAUCAUUACAGCUGAAGGUAUCUAUUAAAUACUUCAUUUGGAAGCUGCUGUCCUCAAAAUUUUCGAUAUCAUUUCUUAUGGCCUGUGUGCUUUGGUCAUACUCUAAAUUAUGGAAAUGCUAUUUAUCUUUUGGUAAUGUUGAUAGUGAAUUUAUCUUAUUUCUUUUAACACUAGAGCAAAAUAAAUUUCUUCUCUCAUAGCAUUGUAAUGUGUUAUACCACCUCUUAGUCCAUGCAAAAAAUUGAGCAACAAAUAAACUGUACAUUCCUUUACUUCUAAAUUAUUUUAACAUGUCUAGCUGGAACGGACACAAAAAAGGGACAGAUAUCUAUUAUUAGUUUCUGUUAUCAUUUUAAAAAAAAUGCAAUAGAACA